UGUGGUGUGCUUGCUGUGACAGGAGAGCUGGACAGCUGACAUUUCCUGUGCUGUUGAACGGUUUAGGCAACGAUAAGCUUGUGGUUUCCUCUGAUGUUGGAAAUAGAUGAUCCCGUGUCGCAUGAUCAAUGUAGGUAUCAGUUUGAUGAUCAGUCUUGCUUGGCUGUUGAGUGGAUUCUGAGAACAACCCAGUUUCACAUCAGUCUGGCUGACGCAAGCUCCUCAAAGUCUUCUUUAAACAGCUCAGCAUGCUCAUGGUGAAGCAAUAAGUCGCUCUCACUCUGACAUUCGGUCAGCUGUCGUGACAGAAGACAGAGUUGGCUAAAGUGGGCUGGAAAAAUAGGUUGAAAGAUGGAGUCACAAGCCCCAAGAGGAGAAACCAGACCUGCUCAGCUCACAAAGGAAGAGUUAAACCUGUUGUAUGAAGAAGCCCUGUACACCUUUGUUCAUCGCAGUGGUAAGCCUUCAGCGUCCCACAGCACAGACAAGAAUGAGCUCCUUCAUUACCUGAAGAAUGCUUUCCAGAUGGACCAAGAAGAACACAAAGUUAUGCUGGAGCAGGUCAAACGGCUGAAACCACCCACUGUCUUCCUGAAGAUAAUAGUAAAGGAAGCCCAAGGAAUUCUGGCCAAAGAUGCAAAUGGUUUCAGUGACCCUUAUUGUUUGCUGGGAGUGAUGGUUACUGAAGAACACCAAGAAGAAGAGGCCAACAGAACAGACAGUCCCCUGCCCAGGAGACGACAGAAAGCUGUAGUGAAAGAUUCAAUCCCUCAAGAUCAAAUUCAAAGAACAGAAGUCAAGAAGCAGACCCUGAAUCCCAUUUGGAAUGAAACGUUUCUCCUGAAAGUCGAAGAUUUCCAUCACACUGAACUGCACAUGGACAUGUGGGACCUGGAUAUUGAUGAUCCUGUGAAACUCCGGCUGGGUGAGAUCCAUGGAAUUGGUGGACUGAAGAGGAUUUUGAAAGACGUGAAAAAGGCUGCUCGAAAGCAUGAACAGGAUGAUUUUCUGGGAAAUGUGAUCAUUAAACUCCAGGACCUGCCCUACACUCCUGAAGAUAAAUGGUAUUCUCUGGAACCUUGUACUGAGACCUACCCUGAUCGAGGGAAGUGUCACCUACAGCUGAAACUUAUCCACGAAGAGAGGGAUACCGCACUCAGCAAACAAGAGCCAGUGUUUCGGAUCCAUCGCAGUCUGCUGCAGCAGUUUGUGCAGUAUGAUAGGCUGCAGAAGCAGGCUGAGGGUAUCCAAGUUGAAAUGGAGCUCAGCACACCAGCCACCACCAUACUGUCGCUUCACGCCACACAGAAUGACCUCUCACCUUUCCAGCAAGACCUGGCUAAGUGGUUGGCCUACAGCAAACUCUACCGAUAUGUGGAAGUCAGCUUCAUCUCUCUGUUCCAACAUCUCACCAGCAUUGAGUACCAGUGGGGACUGGCACAGGUCACGCUGCAGCAGCAGGAUCAAGAUGAGUUAGCAGAGUCUUUCAUGUCAUUCCUGGAUUAUGGAAUCUCCCUCAUCCAGAAAUACAGAGAUGUAUUUCCAAUGUCGGACCCCAAGUCUGCAGAACGCCAGCAAUCUCUACUCAGGGUGUUGGUGCAGAUCUGUAAAAUGAAGGCUUUUCAAAAACUUUGCCCUUCAGUUCCUGAUCUCCAUGACAGGCUCAUGGAUGCUAUUAAGUCUGGCACCACUGACUGGUAUCAAGGCCAGAAACAGCUAUUGGAGCCUAUGAUAAAGACUGAGGAAGAAAUUGUGAAAUCGCAGGUGAUAUUCAUAGAGCACCUGAAUAUUGACCUGUUGAACAACCGGAAAAUACGGAUGAAGAUUUUCAUGGGCACUGUCAAAGUGAAUCUGUUCAACAUCAUCUACCUACAAUUCCAGGAAUUGGUUGCUGAGGACCUCCGGGAACAAGUGAUGAUUAUUGGAGGUGGCAAGUCCAAGGCAACAGUUGAGGGUCUAUUCCAGCUCUACCAGAAGCUCAAACAGCUACAGCAUCAACGAAUUUACUUAUUACCAGAUGACAGUCCUCUGCCAUUGGAUGGUUUCCACAAAUGGUUCAGUGAACCUUUACCGAAGUGGUUACAAAUGGUGCACAACAACUCGGUGGAGAUGGUUCAACGGGCUGUGAAGAAAGACCAGCUGGAAUCAAUGGGGGAGAAGACUAAACACAGUACCUCUGUUGUGGAUAUUGCAACCUGCUUCACCAAGAUUAAACAUACUUGGACAGAGCUGAGUUGGCCGGAACCUGAGGAAGCGUUUGUCAUCAUGGUCAAGCUAACUGAGGACAUGGGCAAGAUUGCAUUAAUGUACUGUCGACUAAUCGAAGAGAGGGCAGAAGAGCUGUCAUUCAAGGACUAUCAAAUAAACUCAAGUGAUUCAGUAAACGCAGUGAGGUCACUACAACUGUGCGUGGUUCUCAAUAACAUGAAGCAGCUGCGGGAGAUUUUUUCCAAGCUGCCAGAAGACCUAGAUUGGCAAGGCCUUAAGGAAGACACAGCCAAUAUGAUUUCAGUGGACCAGAUCCAAAACACGCUGCUCACCCAACUUGAAACGAUCAAGAGCUCAAUCAACAAGAAGAUUGAGGGUGUGAUCCAAACCCUUGCACAGAAGCUGCAGGCUGACAUAAAGAAGCGCAUCAACAACCUCUCAGUUUCUCAGAGUGACAGCACUCCAAUGGUUAAUAUGGUUGUUCCUUUAAUUAACUUUCUGGAAAAUGAGUUUGCAUACAUGGAUGCCAACCUGGUAGAAGAAAAUUUUCAGAGCCUUUUAGGUUUCCUUUGGACAGAUAUAAUUGAGAUCAUCUACUCAACUUCACAUCAGGGUGGUACUUCUCAGAGGUUUUAUAUGAAGCUAAAGGAUGCUUUGAAGAGUCUGCUGAUUUGCUUCCAUGGCGAGGGAAAUGGUUUACCAAUGGAUGAACUACAGACCCCUGAUUUCAAGGCUCUGAAAGCUCAUUUGUCUCUGAAUGCAGCAAGCACUCACAAGCUGAUCCAGAAGUUUUAUACAAAGAAAAUCCAACAACAGAUGGCUGUUGAAUGUUCCAAAUAUGGUGCUGUGACUAUAAAAGCCUUCUACAACAAUCAAGUAAAAAGACUCCAUGUUGAAAUCCUCAAUGCUGUUAAUCUCAUGCCACUGGAUUCCAAUGGUACCAGUGAUCCUUUUGUGGAGCUGAAUCUGGAACCAAAGCACAUCUUCCCAUUCGUAGAGAGCAAAACAACUCAACGCAAAGAUAAUGACCUCAACCCACUCUUUGAUGAGGUUUUCGAAUUCAGUGAUGUUACCCCAGAGCAAUGUCAGAGCAAGGGAGCCUGCCUACUUAUCACCGUGUUUGAUCAUGAUACAUUGCUCAGUGAUGAUCUAGAAGGAGAAGCGUACUUCUCUUUGCAAGAUAUCCCUGGACUGGACAGCACUGAGGAAGCACUCAACAUCAGCAAGGUUCCUCAGAGUCGACUGACACUUGGUCAUCCAAAGCCAAAAGAAGACAAUAUACUUAAGUUAUUAGAGGCACGAAAAGGAGACAAAGAUGCUCAGGCAUUCAUCAAAAUACGAAGGCAACGAGAAAGAAAGUCAAAGGAAACAUAAAUGUUGCCGGAACCUCAGGAGUACCGACACUGGAUGGAAUCAAAAACACGAGAUUUUCAGAUGCCUCAUUUCUUUCACUCUGUCACCCUGAUGCACAAAUACAGGCUAUUAACACCAGCAUCUGCCAUCGUGGUUUAAUGGAAAAUUGUGAGCAGCAUACAAGUGAUUUAGCAAUAUGUGCGUGUGGUGGUCAGGUGAGCAAGUGGGCCUUUCUCCCCACCUGAGCUUGGAGUAAUAGUGAAAUCAGGUUCUGAUGUGAGAGUCUCACUCUUUACUUUUGGGACCUCAGGCUAUUAGUUUCUUUCCAGAAAGCUCAAUUUAAUCUGUCUUGAACUGUUCCUUUGAUUUAAAAAAAAUCAUGGACUGCAAAAUUGGAAUUGUUUGCAUCUGUUUUUGCAUUAUGAGUAUCCUUAGAUCUCUGGCAGGCAUCUGCAGUGGGUGUGUAGAAACCUUUGGGGAUAGUCGCAUUAGACAACAUAUUGGUGAGGACAUUAACACAUAGAGUGAAUGAUGGCCAGAAGUAUGCAGUGAGGCAGAUCAUAAGAUCAAUCAAGGCACAAUACUGAUUUGAUGUCAACGGUGCCAUUUUGGAGUUCAGUACUCAACAAUGCCCUUGCUUAACUUCACACAGCAUACAGUCCCCCACCUCUUCUCCCACCCCUCACCACCCCCCACAACCCCACCCCAUUGGUACUAUUUAACUACUUUCAGGUUCAUUGCUGAUUAAUUUCUUUUGGCUGUUUCUUCAACUCUACAAAUGUUUCAUGCUUUCUAUGAUUGCUCAAAGUUGCAAAAAUCUACAUGGAACAGUGUAGCAGGUGCUGAAGGAAAUUUUGCUGACUUCGAGGCUUCUGCACAAACUAGUUGCUCACAGACAUGGAUGCAUUAAUAGCCCUUAAAAUAUGACAUGAUUUGGACAAUAAAAGAGGCCAUGGAGAGAAGGAUAAGCUGCUGGAAGAGGGAGGAGGAGGAGGGGGAAGAAGGGCUUUCAACAGGAUAACAAAUCCACCCAGGGUGUUCAGGGAGCAAUUCUCCUACCUGAACCUCAGUGAGCAACAUUGUGUGAGAUGUCUCCUCUUCAGUAAAGACAGCCUCAUUGAAAUUUGUCAUCUGCUUCAACCACAACUGCAGCCUCAGAGCAGGGCAAUGCCUGUGAAAGUGACCCUAGCAACGGACUUCAAUAUGUCGGACUCUUUCCACGGUGGAGUUGGAGAAAUUUACGGCAUCUUGCAGUUUGCCAUCCACCAUAGCUUAAUGGAGAUCACUGAUGCUCUCUAGUUGACGAAACGUAACUACAUUUCAUUCUCUCUUGCUGGGGAGAAUGAGGUGGAGUGAACAUGUGACUUUAUUAAGAUUAUGAGUUUAUCACGGCACAGAGAUCACUGCAUGCACAUCACUUUGUCAAGUGUUGACAGUUUGACAACAAGUUGUCAACUCUACCCUGCACUGAAACCAAAAGGUAUUCCAUUCUCUCAAGGUCACAAAUAAUCAUUCCAAAUCAAAUUUAUAAAUGAAAUCAUUCAUAUUGCACGUAAAAGUCAACUAAUCACCCUUGUAUGAUCCCUUGGUGCCUGUUUUCUGUGUACCUUUGUCUGUUCUGGUGCUCCUGUGCAGUGUGGCCCCCAGAUACUACAGCAUGGCUGGUCGGAAAGUUGCUGAAUUUCAGUGGAGGAGAGAUGGCCUUGAGCAGCUAUGCGUGGACUGCACCACCUUGGCAUGAGCAGCAGCAGUCUGGGCUGGCUGGCUGAUAUACAACAGAAGGGCACUGGCAGAGAGAUAGGGGUGGGAGGAUGAAUAGUGUCUUUUUGAGAGAGGCCAGCUGCAGAAUGCUUCAUGGAGCCACUGCCACUCUCCUGGGUGGUGCUUCAGCUGUCUUAGUAGUCUGUUGGACAGAUUGCUGGACUGCUGUUACACCCUGCAAGCCCACUUUGCACACCCAUAAUGGCAGCAUUCUGAAUUUGAAUAGUAGUAGUCACAGGUUGGGUGCAAUGGAACUUUGUCAUCAGCCAUCAGAUGUUGCAACAUAGUUGAGUCCAUGACUCCACGAAGAGAAUUGGUCAACACUUCUAUUCUGGAAAGGAUGGACUCUAAGCUCUGUGCAAAUCCCUGUGCCAAGUUGGUGCUGCACUCUUUCAUGCUCCUUGACAUUGACCCCAGGUUGUCUGGCAGGCUUCCCAGUGCACCAAGCAUUUUGUUAUGUAUCCGCAUCAGCCUUCAUCUGUAGACUGUCCCAUCAAAGUUCCUUGUACUAGAAUUCAUGUGCAAGCCCUCCAGCCCUCCAGCUGUGCUAAUCUUGCCCUGGCAGUGGGCCACUCGUGACUGGUGUCUCACCACAUGUGGAUCCCACCUCUAUGCUUUCCUCUAAAUUACACACAGUGACAGUGUCUGAGUUGGUGGCUGCAAAUAUGAAAUCAGGUAACAAUGCAUCUUUAUCAUCAUUGAUUACCAGAUUGCAGUUCUUGGGUACCUAAAAGGAAAAAUGCAGAGGGGCAAAGUUCUGGUGUGGAGAGCCAGGGAAAGUAAGAGGUGCAUGUUUACACCGCUUGUAAGUCAGAGGGAGUGUGGGAUAAAGGAGAGUUGGGAUGUAAGGAGGAUUAGGUAUGAGGAUACUAUCAUCUUCAAUGGUUUUAGAUCCACUGCUGGCCACAGUCUCUGCCAUCACUAUCCCAGACAUGGCCAACACUAUCUCCUCCAUGGGAUUCAGGACAAGCUAAUGGUGCAGUUGGUAGGAUAUGACAUUUAAAGAUGACCUUGACCACAUGUUUGAAGUCACUGAACUUCUUGCAACACUGCAUCCAGGUCUUUGGACCUUGAUUCCUGGCAUUGACCUCCACAACCUGCUGCUCCAAUCCGCUUCUGAGCACGUAGCAGGAGGGCCUCCUGCAUAUAUCAGGCUUCCUUCCUCAUUUCCAUAUUCUACACCAAGAGCUCCAAUGCAGUGUCUGAAAACUUUGGAACCUUCUCUCUCCUAUGUGGUGCCAUUGUCCAAUGCUCCACAGAUCAGAUUCAGCCCCCACAGAACUGCCAGAAACUGCUCCAAGCACAAUGCACCUCCACUUUAAAAGAUGUAGGCUAGCUUUAAGUGGUGCUAGCCAAUCAUAAUAUUGGUCCUCUGCUGAAGUGUCCAGACAAUCAGCAGUGCAGUUUGAAUGCUAAAAUCAUUGAAAUGCCCAGGCAACACGAUGUUGGUGUUUAGCCUGUGUCACAGUCAUGGGCAUGGUUUAAUCACAAGUCACAUUGCCCCAUCCUUGGGGCUAUCAAAUUUAGUCCCCAACUUGUUUCACCUCAGGAUUUUCAGUGGAUUCCAUAGCAGUGUUGUUUCCUUCUGGAUAGGCCACAUAAUGGUUUUUAAAUGUUCUGGGUCUUUUAAAGUCUAUAACAGUAUAAGAGUCAGUUGUACAGUUGUGGAGACACCACAGUCAGAUCAUGUUUAGUUGGUGUUUUUAUCAUUUCAUUUAAUGCAAGAUUUGUGUUUGUCCCCAGCUUUUGUGUUUGCAACAGCUCCUGCAUUAGACUUUAUACAUGCUUGGCCCUGAGUGGAAUCUAUUCCCUACUUCAGAAUUUGAGCACAUAGCUUAAGGCUGCUAUUCCAGUGUGAUGCUCAGGCAAUGUUGCAAUACUGGAGAUGUCAACCUUAAUAUGAAAUGUUAAAAAUCCCAAAGCACUAGCUGAAGACGAGAUCUCCUAGGUUCCCUGGCCAAUAUUUGUCCAAACCUAAAAACAGAUUAUCUGCACUCAUAGCUAUUUGUGGAAUCCUGGUGUGUGCAAAUUGGCUGUCAUGUGUCCCAUGUUACAACAAUGGCUACAUUUCAAAAGUAUUUCAUUAACAGUAAAGCUCUCUGGGACAUCCUGGAUCAUGAACAGUGUUAUAUAAAUGCCAAUCUACCUGCAUCUCAUUACUUUCUGUGGGACAAAAUCUGUGCACAAAAUUUAUAUAUGAACUAUUUUGAGAUAAUUCGGGGACAUGUGAGAAGAUUUUGUAAAUGUACUUUAUUGUGUAGGAGUUUUAUUUAUGUAUUAUGGUCUAUUUUAUAAAUGCGUACUGUCUGAAUAACCCAUGUCCACCUAGAACACAAGAAAUUGUGGGGAAUGUGUUGUGAUUUCUAGACAGAUUCUCCCAAUGGGCAAGGCUCCCCUCGGUUCGUAAAACUGACCCUCUAAAGUUACCUGAUAAAUGGAUAGGUCUGAGCAGUCUGUAUGUCCAGGGCAUUAGGGAUGUGUUUAUAUUACUGUUCUCAAAAAGAUUUUACUUCUCAAAUAAGGCACAUACUUUGGUUAAAAUUCCUCUUAUGCCAACUGCAAACAUUCAAUAAAUUGGAAUUUUGAGCAAUUAAAUUUUUGCACCUUCUUUA